GAUCUAUGGUAGCUUACACGAUUAACGAAAUAUCCUCUGAUAGUUCCACAUGACGAUUUUUAUCCUCGAAAUUCCUGAAGGUUAAACAGCCGAAAGAAUGUAACGGCUGGCGAACGUGCACGCUUAGUGGGGCAGUCAGUAUACAAGACUAUAGUCUCGGGGUAUUAAUAGUCCGCGGAGCGUGGACCGAGUACCGUUAAGGCCGAAUACGAUACACGUCGGUAUCUUACUAACGGGGAAUACCUUGUAAGACCGAAACGCGUAGAGACGAAGGAUCAUCGACAAGCUAGUUCAAACAACUUGUUGUUUGUAUUUCGUUGAUCCUGGCUUCCAUUCGAAUAAAGCUUCCCUUCUGUUGUAGCCAACUUGUUGGAUCUAUGAAAUGUUGGCACGAACCGUCUGUUUGCUUUGAGUUAAGAUUUUAAUUAAGCUACAAUAACGAUUAAGUCGAAUGAAGUUUCGUAGUUUUGAGACACUGAUAAAUACGCGAUCCAGACGAAAAGAUGGUACUUUUAUGCAUUUUGUGUCACGCAAAUGAAUAUUCGGACACGAAACAAUCGAAACCAAAUGACGUCGAUUCGACGACAGAAUCUAACGAACCUCCAGAAGGAUAUUACGCCUUCGUGAAGUCACCGAACGCAGAACCGCCUAAAGUGAGGCCGCCACCUUAUAUAGAUAGCGACAAAGAAUGCUAUGACACCGGUAAACAGGGAAAGGGUUACGUUUCCAUACACAAUAUUUGCGGGGAUCUUAACAAGGGUUAUAUCCCUCGAAAUCCUAUGAAUCAGUAUUUCAAUGGCUCGUCGUAUCCUUUCGCGCUGUUGAAAAAUCACACGUUGAAAUUUCUAAGCAAAGCGUUGCCUAUACUCAAGGCUGACGAUUCAUUGCCGAAGGUCGCCACGGUGCAAUCCUAUUUCCAGAAUUCUGUCGACACCGACGAGAAAGGAAGUAGAAGCAAGCGAUCGUCCGAUUCAGAAAGCGCCUUGGAUACUCUCAGAAACGGUCGUAAAUUCUGCGAAAAUGGCGGAGGAGUAGUUUGCAUGCUGUACAAGGCUAUACAAGGUGAACCAUUGGCUACCUCAGCAGCUGAACGCCGUGACGAGCCUUCCACCCCUGAGUACCGUCAACGAACACCGCCACAAGAGAAGCCAGAAUACACCGGUCCACCCACUCCUUGUCCAGCUAAAGUGGAGUACGCUACACCAGUGUUCGCCAAGAACUAUCAAGGAGUUUGGCGCUACGUGGUGCAAAUCCCUUACGAGGGUUACUUCACUCAGACUAUCGAAGUAACCCGAUGCAUGCAAUCAAGAUGUCAUUACUUGGAUGGUGGCUGUCUGUCGUCGCCAAGAUGGACUAGUUUGCUAGUAGCAGAGAUCUUCUAUCCUGACACGUUUUUGGAAGAAAAUCAAAAUUCUAGAAUCAACGGCCUGAGGGAUACUGCCGGUUCACCGCCGCCUGUUCACGAUUUCCAGAAUUAUCAACAAUAUUUACAGAAACGUGCCGGGGAGAAUGAAGCUCGCAACAGCGGAUCGUCCCAGCAUCAUUGCGACGGUGUCGACGAAAUGGGUUGUUUCCAGGUAAGAUUGUACUACGAUUGGUUCCUGGUGCCAGGAAGCUGCAAGUGUUGGCGUCCCGAUUACUUCAAUCGCUAUGUUCGUCGUAGCGGGUCUAACGUCGAAUUGUGAUGGCAAUAUCGCGUGUCAAAUCACGUAAAUGAGCAAGAAGACGCGCUUGCGUGAUAUGACUGAUACGAUUAAAUCGAUAAGCUUGUCAGAUUCUGUGAAAUAGCCUGUUUUGAUCGAUCGAUGAUCAAACGACUAUUUGUUUGAUAACUGAAUAGGAAAAAUGUUAGAAUCGAACAUGCACUUUUUAGACAAUACCUACGUAGAAGAUCGUAUUUCAGCAAAUCAUCGAAUGAGGAGAAUUAAAGUGGAUCCACUGAGUGCGAUCGAUAAUCUAGCUUUAAUAUAAUACUUUGUUGUAUUAAAUUCGCAGCAUUGUGCACCUUAAAGACUGAAGAGAAGUACCAUUGUCGUGAACGCAGUAGAACGCGCUAAUGAAGUUGCAUCAACGCGCGUUGUUACUAAGUACAUAUUUCUUUUUUUUUAAAUAAUCCACGUUUCGCACUGUAUGAAAGUAUGAUUUGCAUUUUUCAUUUACCAAGAUACGUUGUUAAAUUAACGCAGUAGAAUAGCUAUAGAAUCCUUUCCUGUUCUCUUUUUUUACUUGUCACUGUCCUUCGUUAAUAUCUCAAUGGUAUUAAAAUGAAAUUCAUACAUGAAUAAUUAGAACCCUUAUUAAUAGUUAUAUAAACAUUAAAUUUUUUAUUUAAAAAAUACGUACAAUCGACACUAGGAUAUCUUUGACAGAAAUCCGGAGCUAUAUUCAUUCGGUUAUCGAGAUAUUUUAUUUUACAAAUAAUGAAACUGUACAUUAUUAUAUUACCUAUUCGAAAAUUAUAUGUUAUAUAUAGUUCCGAGGGCUGAGCAAAUUCCACGUUCGUUGUCAAAGACACGAGCCAACUUCUAAACUACCCACUGAAACCAGUCGUUCUACUUUUUAAAUGUUGACGUAGAAACGACUACAUUUAAGUCAACGUAAAAUCAUACGUUUCAUUCUAUAACUACUUAUUACGUAAUUUACAUAAUAUGUCCAUAUUUCAAUGUUGCAACAUUCUUUGAACACGGAUACGACGUUCACCUAUUUAAAGAAAUAAACAAUUCUAAUAUAUAUUGUUAAAA